AUGGGCAAGAAGCGAAAAAGACCCGGCAAGAAUCGCGGUCCCACGGCCUCGUCUCAGACGAGUAGCACCGCAUCUCCCGGCCGUUUCAAAGCCGGCGAUGCCCCGCCGCGCAACAAUCACAACACUACCCACCCUGUGAUUUCACUGUACUACCGUCAAGUCUUGACCCUGCGACAAUACCUUCUGCGCCAACUCCCCGCGUCCUCCAAAUUGCGACGGCGGCGCAUCGCUUCGUUGCGCCCGCCUGACCGCUCGUCAAGUAUACCCGAGCGCGGCCACGACCAUGUCCAGCCAUUGGCCGAUCUGCUGGAUUCUACGCUGGUCGGCGAGCUAAAGGAGCCCUCGCCGAAAAUUAAUUGCGAACGCGAGCGCGACUAUCGGGCCUUCACGCAGUCCCAGUCGCGCUCAAUCCUCGUCAGCACGGACACGGGGCCAACCUCACCCCAAUCUGAGGUGGUCAAUUUUGUGAUCGAGUCCCUCUUUGCGCGCUCCGCGGGAUAUCAGAAGCCCCAGCACUUGCUCACACAUGGCUAUGCUCCCCAUCGGCCGACUAACCCCAGUCUGCUGGAGACCAGCAUCCUCGGUUUGGUGGCGCAGUUUCCAAACCGGAAUGUUCAAACCUUGAAGCAAUCGCCCUGGGCGGAUAUCUUGGGUCUUUUGGGCCAGAAUGGGGAUGAGAUCAUGAUGCGGCUGUUGUUUGAUUGCGGCAUCUUUGCACCGGUCAAUGCUCGAAGGGGGAUAUACUACCAAUUAAGCGGACUACCGCUGUCAGAGCUCGAUCAAAUCGAUCGUUCUUGUCUGAACGGAAAAGGGCCUCUCGCAAACCAAAAGUCAUCCAAAGACAAACAAGACAAGCGCAAGGGGGAUGAGAGCCAUGUUACGAUUCAUAGCCCUAAUAGUAUUGUCUUCUCUCGCCGCAGUAUGCUUUACAGCAGAUCAGGGAGCGAAAGCAAAGGAGAACUGCACUCUGGGCUAGGAGCCACGCACGUGCUUAAUCGAUACCGUUCACUCGACUCAGAAGCGCAAUCGAUCCACGUGAUGAAUUACAUAUUCCCGCGGCAAUUCGGCCUCCUGAAUGCCUUUGCAUCGACCGCGAAUCGCACCGACAGCUCACAUUGCUUCAAAAGCUGUGUCUUCCGUGAAGCGGAGAUCUCUCGACUCAUCGACGAGCAGCAGCAGCGUCGCCCUGCGCCGAAAGGCGAUCAAACAUACGUGGACAAAGGGUCGGCUUGUAUGAAACUGCCCCGGCGACUUCGUGGACAAGCAAUCGAGCUUGUUCGAAGACUGCGAGUUCGUCAUGCAAAAUGUUCAUAUCAAAAUUUGCUGGACUAUUAUUGCCCAACUAGACUUGGCGAGCCCUGGAAACUUGGUGCGGCUUGUUCUCCCGUAAAGAAGCGAACGGAGAACCGUGAACCCGAAUCGUCAAUUGAGGAGAAACUGAUCACACAGCUUCAAGCGACCACGCCAUCCUCUACGCGUUCGUCAAACCCCAAGUACAAUACCGCUGGACCUGCUGGCGAGUACGGAAAAAGCGACAGGGAGAACAAACGGAUACAAAAAGGUAAAAUCAACCUGACUGACUAUGCGACUCCUGCAUCGGCCGUUUCAGCGUUUUGUCGUGCUGUGCUGCUGAAACUCAUUCCACCUCCAUUUUUCGGCGACGGUGUGGAUGGAUUGGCAAAUCGCAAGAUCAUCAUGAAGAAUGUCGAUUCCUUCAUCAAAAUGCGUCGCUUUGAGAGUCCGAGUUUGCACGAAGUGUGUAAUGGCUUGAAGGUAAGAUUCGUGGCGACAAGACGAUGCGAUGUCAUGAACGCUGACCCAGUGUAUCUCCAGGUCACUGGAAUUCUUUGGCUGGUACCUGCAAAAGUCCAGAUUGCAUCCGAAUCUACAAAGGACCACAUCGGUCUGUCGGAUUUCCAAAAACGCACCGAACUGUUGCAUGAACUCAUAUAUUAUGUCUUUGACUCGAUGCUCAUCCCCCUCGUCCGCACCAACUUUUACGUCACUGAGUCUCAAACUCAUCGCAAUCGUCUUUUCUACUUUCGACAUGAUGUGUGGCGAAACUUGACUGAACAGCCGAUGACAGAUCUAAAAGCAGGAACCUUCGAGCAACUCCAGCCCCGUAAGGCCCAGGUCAUGCUGGCAAAGCGGUCUCUCGGGCUUGGCGCACUCCGUUUACUUCCAAAGUCAGCCGGGCUGCGGCCAAUUCUGAACUUAAAGAAACGCGUUCUCAUGAAAUCUCAGUGGGGCGGAAACAAGUCUUACUUGGGGGCCAGUGUCAACAGCAAUCUUGCUCCUAUCCACAACGUAUUAACCUAUGAGCGUGAACGAUGCCCUAGCAGAAUGGGCUCGGCGCUGAUGUCUAUGGGCGACAUGCACCCGAGGCUGAAAGUCUUCAAGACACAACUAAGCCAGCGUGCGCCAUUGUUGAGAGGGCAGAAUCCUGGGCAACAGCCUCCGCUCUUCUUCGUCAAGCUUGAUAUCCAAGCUUGUUUUGAUACGAUUCCACAAAAACGGUUGCUGCAUCUUAUCGAGGAGCUAGUCUCCGAGAAUGCUUACCACAUUACUAAAUAUGUGGCAAUCAAUCCAGCUGUUCAUGGCAAGGCCAAACGAAAGUUUCUCGGGCGUGCCGCUCCUUUGACGAAACAGCAGCAUCUUUUAGACCUCGCCGCCGAUGGCAUUGGUGGCGCUCUCAACAACACAGUUUAUGUCGAUACUAUAAAGCAAAAAGAGCAAGAUGCCGAUGAGCUGCUGUGCCUUCUGGAUGAGCAUGUGCGAAACAACUUGGUCAAAAUUGGGAAAAAUUACUUUCGCCAACGCAACGGUAUCCCCCAAGGCUCGGUGCUGUCUAGUCUGCUGUGUAAUUUUUUCUACGCCGAGCUGGAGCGGCAAGUUUUGAGCUUCUUGCAGCCUGCAGACUCGCUCCUCCUGCGACUAGUGGAUGAUUUCCUCCUCAUCACCACGGAUGUGGAUCAAGCCAUUCAGUUCCUGCAAGUCAUGCUCCGUGGGCAACCUGCUUACGGUGUCUCCGUCAACCCAGCCAAGAGCAUGGUUAAUUUCUCCGCUGCCGUAGAUGGCAUCUACAUCCCGCGACUGGAGGGGACACCCCUUUUCCCGUACUGCGGCACUUUGAUUGACACGCAUACGCUGGAAAUCCACAAGGACCAAGAUCGUAUGUUGGAGGGCGGUGCCUCUGCCGCGGCCACUCUCUCCAACACCUUGACAGUCGAGACGAGCCGUCUCCCCGGUCGCUCCUUCCACCGCAAGAUGCUGGCAUUAUUGCGGCCUCAAUUGCACUCGAUGUACCUUGAUAGCGACCACAACUCCCGCAACAUCGUGCUUGCCAACCUGUACACGGGCCUCAUUACCACCGCAAUGAGGAUGUACCGAUACAUGAAAUCUCUCCGGGGGCGCGCACAGCCUCGCCACCCCAUUAUCAUCCAGACCAUCAACGAUCUGGUUCAGCAGACAGCCAGCAUGAUACAGGCGCGACGAGCAUCCUGUUCAGCGCCGCUGAAAUGCUUCGUGCAGCUGUCUCAUCUGCAGUACCUCGCGAGCGCCGCAUUCCGCUUUGUGCUGGGACGCAAGCAAACGCGGUAUGCGCCUGUGCUCUACUGGCUGGACUUGCUUGGUCGAUCGUCGCGCCCGGCGACGAACGCCGAAGCGGGCCGCCUGCUGCAGGUAGUGAGGAAGGGCAAUGCGCUGUUCGAAGCAUGGCGCUUCUAA